UUUUAAGAAGAGCAACUUUUUUUUUUUGUUUUUUAUUUGAAGAAAGAGUAGUGGCUUUCAUAUUUAGAAAAACUUAAAAGCUGCUUGUCGUUUCCCACGCUUAUCAUUAUCAAUUUCCCUUCAAAUAUGUUUCAUGCGUAUGUAUCUCUAUAUAUUCACUUACAUAUAUAUACAUACUAUAUGAUUGGAGGUGUCUCUGAGUAUUAUAGCGUGAGAGAGAAAGAAUGGCGUCGGCUGAAUAUGCGGAGAGUUUACUCAUAAAAGACGACUACGUCGAGGGAUGCGCGGGAUGUGAGGUUGAUCGGCGGAAACAAUUACAGAGAGGGCUGCCAAUCAAGCAAAUCUUCACUGUCUGGAUCAUUGUGCUCGCCACUGCUCUGACAAUAUCAUCUCUCUUCCCAUUCCUUUAUUUCAUGAUAAGGGAUUUUCACAUUGCAACAAGAGAGGAAGAUAUUGGUUAUUAUGCCGGUUUUGUAGGGUCUGCAUACAUGAUUGGAAGAGCUAUGACUUCUACCGUGUGGGGAGUAAUUGCUGAUAGAUAUGGUCGAAAACCUGUCAUAAUUAUAGGCUGCGUCACAGUGGUUGUUUUCAACACUCUGUUUGGCCUUAGUAUAAACUACUGGAUGGCCAUCAUAACGAGGUUUCUUCUUGGUUGUUUGAAUGGCUUACUUGGACCCAUGAAGGCGUAUGCAUGUGAAACCGUUCGUGAUGAAUACCAGUCUUAUGGAUUGUCAGCGGUUAGCACAGCAUGGGGUGCAGGAUUAGUUAUUGGACCAGCUUUGGGAGGCUUUCUUGCUCAGCCUGCAGACAAAUUCCCUGGAAUAUUCGCGUCAGAUUCUUUUUGGACAAGAUUCCCAUAUUUCCUGCCCUGUGCGGUAAUAUCAAUAUUUGCGGGAAUUGUAACCGUUGCUUGUUUCUGGAUCCCGGAAACUCUACACACACACAACUCAGGGAGUUCACAUUCUCAAGGUUCUUCUGGUUCUUUGGAGUCAGCAACUCAACAGUCGGGCAUUCAAGAGAUGGGAAAAAAUAAGGCUUCUAAGACAAGCCUCUAUAAGAACUGGCCACUUAUGUCAUCCAUUAUCGUAUAUUGUAUUUUCUCACUUCAUGAUAUGGCUUAUACAGAGAUAUUCUCAUUAUGGGCUGAGAGCCCCAGAAGACUUGGAGGGCUAGGUUACUCAACUGAGGAUGUUGGAACAGUUCUUGCAAUCUCAGGUUUGGGCCUUCUGAUCUUCCAAUCUUCCUUGUAUCCAAUUGUGGAGAAAAUCAUGGGCCCCAUCUUGGUUUCUCGGAUUUUAGGAAUAAUUUCAAUUCCUCUAUUAACAAGCUAUCACUACAUAGCCAUGCUAUCAGGAAUCACGCUGGCCAUAGUAUUAAAUAUUGCCUCUCUGUUGAAGAAUGUCCUAUCGAUAUCCAUUGUGACGGGGCUUUUCAUAUUGCAAAAUAGAGCUGUGGAUCAAGACCAAAGAGGAGCAGCAAAUGGUAUGGCUAUGACCUUUAUGUCACUUUUCAAAGCAUUUGGUCCAGCAGGAGGAGGAGCAUUGUUCUCUUGGGCAGAAAAACGCCAGGACGCGAAUUUCCUUCCAGGAGAUGAAAUGGUUUUCUUCGUCCUGAACGUGAUCGAGGCAAUUGCAGUUGUGCUGACAUUCAGACCAUUUUUGGUCGAACGACGAAGUAGUUGAGCAAGCAGGGACUAAAUGUUUAUGCUGCAAUUGGAUUAUGAGAGUGUCAGGGGAGCUACAUUCUUUGAAAACACGAGGUGCUGCAGCAACCACAGCAGUUACAUGAAGAUUAUAAGCUGUUGUAAACUAUUUUGUUGUGUGGAAAACUGUAUUAUUUGUUAUAGAAAAUAUUGCAAUCUUCAAAAAAAAAAGAAAAAAGAAAAAGGUCUUCUUUUACACAUGAUGUUUGGCCAAGUGAAGCUCGAGGUUUUGAGAAUUUUCUUACUUGAAAUCAAAUUCAAACUCUUAUUAAGAGUGUCUAA